UUGGUUUUAUAUAAAAGUGUUUAAAGUUGUUUUCGUUCGUUUCUAUAAAAAGGAGCUCAUCGAUACAUUAACAGCGCAAAGAUCAAGUAAAGCAGGCAGAUAGAAAACACAGAGAGAAGGAAAAGACGUAAGACUUACCAGCGACGUUUUCCAACCACCCAUUGUCUCAAGGCGUUAUGAUGUUCACCAGGGUUAUAUCAAGGCACCCAUGGGGUUUCUUUCAGAGAAACAUUCUUCAACAAGCUCAUCAAACCAAACGACUUAAAGCUACAGGAAUAGAGAAACCACCCACGUAUGAUGAAGCGUUGUCAAUUCUGAAAACCUUCAUGAUGAAGGGACCUGGAGCCGAGCGAACGACUGAGUUGUAUGACGUCACCGCAUCCAAGUACGACCAGUACGUCGAGGUUGUGAGAGCGCGAACCCACAGUGAGCUCGCCAAGGCAGUGAGUGCUGUGUUGGGAAACAACUUCCAGGCGAAAAUCAUAGACGUCUGUGCGGGAUCAGGACUUUCAGGAUUAUGGAUUCACCGAGCCGGUUACAGGAACAUUGAUGGUAUAGAUGUAUCUCAGGGAAUGCUUGAUGUUGCGAGGGAAAAGGGCGUUUAUGGGGAUCUCAUUUGUCAAAGACUAGGAGAUCUACCGCUGCCCUUUGAUGACAGAACAUACGAUAUGGCAUCAAUGGGCGCAGCGUAUGGAGAGAAUCAUAUGCCAAUGGAAGCUCUUCCGCAUAUCAUUCGUGUCGUCAAGCCAGGCGGCUACAUUGUGAACGUGUUCCGAGAGGAGGCUCUUCGUUCUUCUAUCUAUGGAGAAGGCCUGGACCCCUAUAUGAAACAGCUAGAGGCGGAAGGCCUGUGGAAAGAGGAGAGACGAGAAUUAUUCAACUAUUUGAUCCAUGAUGUAGUGGGGAUUGUAUUAGUACAUAAAGUCCUCUAAUGAGAAAAUCAUCAUCAUCAUCAUCAUCAUCAUCAUCAUCAUCAUCAUCAUCAUCAUCAUCAUCAUCAUCAUCAUCAUCAUCAUCAUCUUCAUGAUUAUCUUCAUCAUCAUCAUCAGUGUCAGAUCUGAAACAAACAUCGUCUCUUAUAGUUGGCCAUUGAUUUCUCCACUCAGAUGCUCUCGCAAAAUCUAUUAUUAUCCCGGUCUUUCCUCGUCACCUUUCCGUUAAUUUUUUUCCAAGUGGGUGGGUCUGGUUAUAUCCCUGCCUCGUACUAUGUAUUCUAUUUUUCUAGGGAGAGCAAGACGCAUAAGACUUUUAGGUCGAUUCAAACAUCCCGAAAACUGUGGGUGGUUGGCGGUGCUCUGGUGUGGUUUGCACUUCUUCUUUCCUGUCAAACAUCUAUC